AUGAUUACAUUUUUACGUAAACGUUUAUUACCAUCAAAAAUGGGUCUAUGUGCAUCUGGUAUGAGCUCCGAGGAGCGGGAAGCCAUGGAAAGAAGUAAAGCACUUGAUAAACAAUUAAAAGAAGAUGCAGAAAGAGCAGCGAAAGACGUUAAAUUACUUUUGUUGGGUGCUGGUGAAUCUGGUAAAAGUACAAUUCUUAAACAAAUGAAAAUUAUUCAUAUGGAUGGUUAUUCUAAAGAAGAUUUUGAACAGUAUCGUGAAGUGGUCUACAGUAAUACAAUACAAUCAUUGGCAACAAUUAUUCGAGCCAUGGAAACAUUAAAUAUUCAAUUCAGUAGUGUUGAUAGAGAAAGAGAUGCGGCAAUGGUUCUUGACAAGAUAAGUCGAAUGGCUGAUACUGAACCAUUUGAAUCUGAACUACUUGACGCAAUGAAAAAAUUAUGGGUUGACAAUGGCGUACAACAAUGUUUUGGCAGAUCGAAUGAAUAUCAAUUGAAUGAUUCCGCCAAAUAUUUCUUAGACAAAUUAGAUGAAAUUGGCCGAACUGAUUAUUUACCAAGUACACAAGAUAUACUACGUACAAGAGUUAAAACAACUGGUAUUGUUGAAAUUAAUUUUACAUUUAAAGAUCUCAAUUUUCGUGUAUUUGAUGUUGGUGGUCAACGUUCGGAACGUAAGAAAUGGAUACAUUGUUUUGAAGAUGUAACAGCCAUCAUCUUCAUUGUGGCAUUGAGUGAAUAUGAUCAAGUAUUAGUUGAAGAUGAAACAACAAAUCGUAUGCAUGAAUCAUUACGUUUAUUCGAUAGUAUUUGUAACAAUAAAUGGUUUGUUAAUACAUCCAUCAUAUUAUUUUUAAAUAAAAAAGAUUUAUUUGCCGAAAAAAUUACAAGAUCAAGUUUAAGAAAAUGUUUUCCAGAAUAUCAAGGUAAAGAUGAAUAUACCGAAGCAUCUGAAUAUAUUCAAGCACAAUUUGUUGCACAAAAUAAAAGUGAACAAAAAUGA